AGAAAGACUCGACAGAUGGUUGGUCUAGCGGGGUCCUUCCUUGUCACGGUCUGUGUCCGUGGGCUGUCCCUCAUGAGGCAUAGGUACCAUGCAGGACUUGUGGCUGUUGACUUGCUCCUUCCUGCCCAUGCUUGGGGCUUUGCGGAGAGCGCUUACUACCAGGUUGAAGAUGACAGUGAUGCAGAGACCUAUGGAGAAGAGAAUGAGGAACAGGGAAAUUAUUCUAAAAGAAAGAUAGUCUCUAACUGGGAUCGAUAUCAAGAUAUUGAAAAAGAAGUCAAUAAUGAAAGCGGAGAAUCACAGAGGGGGACGGACUUCAGCGUUCUUCUCAGCUCGGCAGGGGACUCCUUCUCACAGUUCCGGUUUGUUGAGGAGAAAGAGUGGGAUGGUGAAGCUUCAUGUCCAAAACAGAAUUCAGCAUUUUAUGUGGACUGUGAGUCACUGGUUCGAGCCCUUCAAGAGCUGCCUCUCUCACUCCGACUCAAUGUUGCUGCCGAAUUGGUCCAGACCACCCUUCCUUUAGAACUUCCUCAGGUGAAACCAAAGAGAAAUGAUGAAGGCAAGGGACUGGGGAUGCAGUUAAAAGGGCCCUUGGGGCCCGGAGGAAAAGGCUCCACCUCCGAGCUGAAAUCUGCCGCUGCUGGCUGCCCCAUGUACCUGGGUAAAGAUGGCCCCAGCCCGGCUCCCUCCAGGGGAUCUCAGAAACCCACCGCCCCUCUGCAGGCGGCAGCAGACCACUUGGAGGAAGAAUUAGAUCUGCUGCUUAGUUUAGAUGCACCUGUAAGAGAGGGAGAGAACACUGCACCAGUCCAGACCGUGCAGGCCCAAGAAUCUGAGAAAGAUGGGGAGGUGGCCCAAGAAGAACAAGGUCCUGCCAAGCUAUCUGUGUUGGGAGAAAAGAACGUGCAGUCUGAGCAACCAAAUACAUCGAAAACUGUUACUGAGGAGGAGCUUGAAGACUGGUUGGACAGCAUGAUUUCCUAACCUAAAAGGGAAAGAAAAAAGAAAAAAAAAAAAGAAAAAGAAAAUGAAAAAAAAAAAAGUGCCUGACGCAAAUUUUGGUUGCCUUGUCAGUAAGGGUGGGCCCCUGGCUGUCCUUUCAGAACAGCUGCUUGCCGAGCACGCCCGAGCCAGUGUGUUCCAUCACGCUUGCCGCAGGGAACACCUACCUCUAUGUUCCACGGCACCCGGGACUACCCAUCUCUGAGGCUCGCUGCAUCAGCUCUCUGGCUUAGCAAUCUCCAGAGUACUUGAGGGCAGGGGAUGUUACAGCUCUUGUUUCCAGCCUCCUUCCUUUCAGUGUUUACAGCAGAGCAGGUGCUGCUGAUAGAUAGCAACAAGGCAUUCAUUUGGCCAAAAUAAACGAACGCUGCUCUAUG